AACGACAUACUAUUAUUUCUGUUCGAGAGAUUCGGUAUUUUUACAAGCACUGUUUUACUCUGAAGCUCGUGAUCUAAGACGUCAUUGAAGUAAACAGAAUUCGACCAUCCAAACAGCGUUCAAUAUUUUAAAGACUAUCAAAAGAAGCACGUUGUUCUUAUUCCAUUCAUCGACCGAUCUUACAAGACAAUGGUGGCUGAACGAAGAUUUGCGUCUCCAGAAAAUUACGCGUACCUUGCUCUUCUAUUCUCUUUACUUCGUCCAGAUCUUCAAGGUGCUCUAAAACUUGAACAAGAUGCUGUCAAUCCAGCCAUUUCGGCCAUUACAAAUCCUUACAAUCUGACAGGACUGGCGUUCAGUGGGACAGCACCGUAUGGAACGAAUUUUGGGAACAACUUCAACUUUAUCCCAACAAAGCAGGACAUAGCUUCUUCUGGAUAUCAUGAUCCUUUAUCACAGUAUUUGGACUGGUCAACUAACGCUCAAUUCAAUAACAGUGGUGUGGCCAUGAUUCUGGGCGAUACCCAGGUUACAAGAAAUCAUCUUGACAGCGAAAGUGGGUACAGUUCAGCCGAUGAGGUCUAUUCACCCCUCUCCACCUCAAGUUUUAGUACACAGUCGUCAAGACAGAUACGUAGCUCAUAUGAUGACCUCUCAGAGCUUGGUGCAACUGGUUAUACUCUUCCACCGAACGAAUAUACAGAUUCACUUGAAGACUACGUCGACCUCGAAUAUCUUGCAAAUGUUGAUCCAACCAAAGCUAGUAAAGGAAGCUUCGAUCUCACUCCUGAUCUUCCAUUGACCUUCAAACAAGAGCCAGAUUAUCUGCUAGAUAAAUUUGCCAAUCCAGAAACCUUGCCUUACUCCACAGACCUCAAGGCUUCACCAGGUGGCAAUGACUUUCCCAAUGAUUUUGAGCUGGGUUUGGAAUCAAAGGACUUUGACCCUCUUUCUGUUGACUUUGGGCAAACUUUUACAAACAAUUCAUUUCAGUAUCCAUUUGACAAUGACUUAGAAUCCAUGAUAAACUUUGAUGAAUUGGCUACAUUGGAUUUCAAUCUGCCAUCAGAUAUCCUGACAACUGAACAAAAUGGUGAUGCAUCCAACAAUAUUGAAAGUCAGCUUGAGAAUCUUUUGCAGGGUUCCUCUCAAUCAAGAAAUGGGAGUGGUGGAUAUCCAAGUGCUCUCACAACAGUCACACCACUGGAUAACCCCAAAAAACUGACAAAUAUUCCUAGUACUUCCAAUGUGGCUGUGUCUAAAAAGAAAACAAUCAAAUCUGGAAAAAAGAAGGUUCCAGCAGCCAAKAAACUGGCUGUUAUCAAGGAAAAAUCUAUGGAGUCUGAAUCACCAGUUGACAUAUCCGAUGAUGCUAUUAUUGACAUGGCAGUAGAGGAAUUCAACAUACUUCUUGAAAGCCUAACAGAAGAUCAAGCAAAGUAUGUUAGGGAUGUCAGAAGAAGAGGAAAAAAUAAGGAAGCUGCUCGAGUAUGUCGCAAGCGUAAACUUGAAGUCAUAGAUGAUCUUGAAGAUGAGCUUAAAAAACUCAGACUUGAAAAGCAAAAAGUUCUUAAUGAACGAAGAGCUAUUUUAGAAGAAACAGCUGCUCUUAAAUCAAAAGUAAAUGAACUUGAGGCAAGUGUGUUCAAUAGUUUCACAGAUGAACAUGGCCGUCCACUGUCCAGCAGUGAAUACUCUCUUUUACAAGGAGCCAAUGGCACACUGUACAUAGGAAAAAAUAUUGACAAUACCAAGCAAAAAAAGGCAACAUGAACAUAAUGGUUUCUUCUAGUGAUAAUAUUUUGAACUGAUAAUAAUAAUUUGAUAAUCAAAUUUUGGUAAGGAGAUAUUCCUAAAUGAGUAAGAAGCGAAGACAUUACACCUGUACAGAAACGUACAUGUAUAAAGAAAACAUUGACGUUUGCAGGUUUAAUACCUUCUUUCUAAGGCAUCAAACCUUAGAUGAACUUACCACCAUGAAGUAUCUAGUUAGUGCUGUAUUUAUUAAUUCAGUAAAAGGUCCAUAGACUUUUGCUAUGCCUGUAAAUAUUGUAAAUAUUUAGGUUGGUCUUAAGUAUGGGAUACUUAAGACCAGGACAGAGAAAACACUUUUAUAAGUUUAUCAUUUUGUAUCCACAUUUUAUGAUAAUAUAUCGUGGAUGACUGUAGAUGGAAACAUCCAAGCAUUUAGUUCUAGUAUUUGAAAAAAAAGAAAAGUACAUAUAAAAAUACUCAAAAACAAUUCAAAUAAAACAAAAGGGAAUACAAUGGA